CAUUGUCUUGAAAUCCAACCAGGAAAAGUUCAAAGUUCAGAAACUAAAUAAUCUGGGCAGUAGACUCACAGGAUGCAGCUUCAAUUCCUGUUCAUCGCAUUUUUCAUGGGAUCUUUCGCAAAGAAAGAUCUAAACGGGAAUGUGUUCCUGUUUCCCAGGCAAUCACCAUCGUCCUAUGUCACAUUGAGUUCAAAUUUGUCACGACCACUGAGCAAAUUCACUUUGUGCCUGAAGUUUUACAGCGAACUAAGCAGUCGAUAUGGUCUCCUGACCACGUCCACGUCUGAAUCAGAAAGCAAUGAUGUGUUCUCACUUUCUGUAGUCCCAGGAUCCAGUUCAUUGCUCUUUACCAUAGGCAGUGAGUCUCUAUAUUUUAAAGUGGCUCUAGAUACAGGUAACUGGAUAAAAACCUGUGUGUGUUUUGAUUCUGAUAGCAAAGUGAUGCAAGUAUGGGUAAAUAACCGUGCCUUAGUGCGAAAAGUUGCAAGCAGGAAUUUCUGGAGUGAUACACAAAUUGUGAUGAGUCUAGGGCUGCUUAAAUAUGCAGGUCAAUAUAUAUCAUUUUAUUCUUUUUUGGGCGAAAUUAGCGAUGUGAAUAUGUGGGAUUAUGUUUUGCCCCCAUACAGCCUUAAGCAAGAUAUUUUUACAUUUGCGGAAGGGAAUUUGAUAAACUGGAGCAACCUGGACUUUGAUAUUCAGGGAAAUGUUAUAGUCCAACCGAGUCUCCAGUGAGAACCUUGUUCAAGCCUUUAUUCUCCAUGAUAAGAUACAGUGGAACCUAGGAACUCGAACUUAAUCCGUUCCAGAAGGCUGUUCGAGUUCCGAUUUGUUCGAGAACCGAAUCAACAUUUCCCAUAAGAAUUAAUGUAAAUUUGAUGAAUCCGUUCCAGACCCCCAAAAUUACAGCAUUUUAACACACAUUUUACAGUUUAAUAAUGCCUUACAUGCAUAAAAUCAUAAAGGAAAAAAAUGAUAAACACAAUGUACAGUAAAUGAAAUUAAAAUGUAACUUCACUUUACCUGUAAUGAUGAGAGUUGAUGGUGUAAGUGGAAAGGAGAAGAUAUAUUAUUCUUGGUUGGGGAUAUAUAACUGUUCUUCUUGCAUUUAAAUGUGUCUAAAGUGUGUCUAAUUGAACAUGUUUGUGGCAUGAUUUGUUUGGGUAGCGAGGAUCGAUCACAUUUUUUACUAAAAAUUUUUGUUCGACUUCCUAAUUGUUCGAGAAAGGGACUGUUCGAGUUCCGAGGUUCCACUGUAAUUACCAACCUAUAUACAAUCACCGAUCUCCCUAUUUCUGCCCGACAUCUCUUGAACUUAUGCGAUACCUUGGUCAAGGUUAGUCACUUAAUUGGUAAUUUUUUAGUAUUUAAAAGGGAACUUUAAAUACAGGCAGAAAUACAUAAAUAAUAAUAAUGAUAAUAAUAAAAAAUAGUAAGAAUUGUGAACCCUUUUCAUAAUUGUUCAAAUGUACUUUUUUACAAUUUAACAUAAAAACAGUGGUUUAUUAUUACUUGAUAACAGAGUAACU